AUGGCGGACAAUAGCAGAGAUCAGUCCCCACCGAAACGACGCCGUAAUCCAACAUGGUCUUCCUCCACCAACAACUCCCCUCCCGCAAAAGACCCGCCUCUUCUCACGGCCCCCCUCCCCCUCCCCCUCCCCCCAAAAUCCUCCAAGCCCAAACCCACUGCCGCCACCGCCUCAAAUUCAACACCAAACGACGCCGUCGAGACCCCCGCCGUCGAUAAAAUGGUCUCAAUUUUAGCCGAGGCCGGUUGCACUCUCGUCAACCCCUCCGGCCCGCCGUGCCUCCCCUCCGACCCUCACAAGCUCCGCCGCGACCUCCACCGCACAUUUUCCUCUUCCGAAAAUGCCCCCGCUCUUCGCUCCGAUUUCCUCAGCGGUCUCUCCUCCUACAUCCAAAACCCUAGAAACCUCCGCAGGGUUUUGACUGCUUCAACCAGAAGCGAGAGCUUGCUACGGCACCUACUGCUCGUCCCUUCGAUCCAAGUUGACAUCCAGGACAUGCUUCUCGAGAAGCUUCCGGAGUAUUUCCAUGUGGAUUCUGAUCAGAAUCCGUCGUCGCUUUCUCUAGAGGACGAUGUUGCUAGGCUUAUAAUCAACCACUUCCGGUGGCUCGAUUUCGUUGUUGAUCCUAAUGCAUUGGCUGAGAAAUUGAUGCAAGUGCUUUCGGUUUGCCCUUUGCAUUUGAAGAAGGAGAUCAUUGGCUCGCUGCCGGAGAUUAUUGGGGAUCAGAAUAACAAGACUGUGGUUCAGUCUCUGGAGAAAAUGCUUGAAGAGGACUCGGCUGUGGUUGUGGCUGUGCUUGAUUCGUUCUCGAAUCUUAAUUUGGAUAGUGAGUUGCAAGAACAGGUUAUCACCAUAGCAUUGUCCUGUAUCAGAACAAUUGAUGCGGAGCAUAUGCCCUACCUGCUUAGAUUUUUAUUGCUUACAGCAACACCAUUGAAUGUAAGGCGGAUAAUCUCUCAGAUUCGUGCGAAGUUAAAGUUUGUUGGUGUAUCAAGUCAUCAUGUUUUGCAACAAAGUAAACUCAAAGGGAAGUCACGUGUGGACAACUCGGAGGCUUCUAUUCUUGAUGCCUUGAGAUCAAGUCUUAGAUUUAAGAAUAUACUGUGUCAGGAGAUCUUGAAAGAGUUGAACUGUCUUGAGAGACCUCAGGAUCACAAAGUUAUUGACAUAUGGCUACUGAUGCUGAUAUACAUGAAUGGUGAAUCUUUGCAAAGGAGUGUUGAAAAGCUAUUUAAGAAAAAGGUUAUUGAAGAUAGUAUCCGGGAAGCUAUGUUUGAUCAAUGCAUUCAUGGACACAAGGAGCUUGUACAGGAUUACUUUCUAUCUUUCAUUUCUUUGUCCGAGUACCUGUUGGCUUGCAAAGAGCAGAAGGUCAGGCACUUUAGCAUUCAUAUGUAUGUUUGUCUCUUUGAGGAGUUUGGUGAUACUUACUCAAGACAGGAAAUUCUUGGUUCACUAGUUACCCAUGUGGGCUCUAGUGUGGGUUUUGAAGUCACUUCUGCUUUAGAGACCAUGAGGUUGUUGGUUUCCAAAUACGCACAGCAAUUAAUUCCUCUUUGUUCUCAUAUUAGUGGUAAAAUACACAUCUGUAUCUUGGAUUUUUUAGAGGGAUUCAGUCUUGAAAAUCUGCACAAGGUCUACGAGAUUUUCAGCCGUCUGGCCCUUUUGGCUCGGUCAAGUGCAGAUUCACAUGGGUCUUCUUUUGCAAAUGAACUUUUCAUGAUAAUACGUAAGCAGGUUAGUCAUCCAGAUCUGAACUACAAGAAGAUGGGCCUUGUUGGGACUCUGAAGAUAGUUUCUUGUCUAGGAUGUGCAGCUAAUGAUACAGGUGCAUCCCCAUCUCAGAAAUCAAACUGUGAUGAGGCUCUGGAACUCUUGAAAAUAGCUUUGGACUCUUGCAAACAGCUGCCCUUACCUCUGGUCAUGUUUUAUGACGAACUGACUGAAAUGAUUGAAACCAACACACUUGAUCCAACCAUUAUGGAAUGGAUUGGCAAACAUGUGGGAGAGUUUGAAUCUAUAUUUCUGUCUGAUCUUGAUGGUGGAAAGUUAGCAACCAAUGAAUCUUAUUGUGGCUUAGAAGGUGAACUGUGGAUGAACUUGGAUGGUGAUAUAUCUCCUAUUUGUCUGAACUUCUUGCCAUUGGCUUCAUCCACAUUGCAGUCUGCUUCUUGUCUACAAGUUCUUCCGGCUAACUUCCUUUUAUUAUCUGCAAUCGAAAGGUUCACAAAUCAAGGAUCUCUUGGUGGGAUUGAUGCACUACUGGGCUGUCCUCUCCACCUCCCUUCUUUAAAGUAUUUCUUUGGAUCUGAGUGGAAGUCUCUUACAGGGAAGCAGAAACAGAUAGUAUGUCUGUCUCUAUACUAUGCUUCUAAUUGGAUACGGGAACUACUCAAUGCCUUCUGUACACAAAUCACCGGAAGAUUUGAUUUUACAAGUCAGGCUACUAAGGAGGACAUAAUUGCCAAGCUUUUGAACCGUGUGAGGAAUCUUAUAUUCUUGGAAAGCUUAUUGAACAACUGUAUUGAGAGGUACCCUCUACCUCUUCCUGAACUUCAUCCAAAUGCGGAUAUCAAUCGGUCUUCUCUCUUAAACAAACCUCAUCAUAUGGGGCACAUUGAGAAGAAACAUGAGCAGAAGAAGACACAAGAGGAUGUCUCUCCGAGCAGCACAAAGAGAAAUAAUAAGACCUCAAAAGCAUCAACAGCAUCAGAUACUAUGGGAAGGCUCCGGCAGACCACAUUAUAUGAUGUCUUGGGGAAAGCGGGAGUUAUAACAGGCCAAGAGGUUCCAAAUGAGGAUUCUUCCGGUUUAUCUAUGAAGGGAAGGUCAUGUGAGUCCUCUCAGAAAAAUCCCUGUGACUCUGAGGCUACCAUUAUAGAAAUGUCUGCUGUUGCCAAGGCCCUUGAAGCUCAGAGAUCUAAAUUCAGGCCUCUCCUGGUUCAAUGUUAUUCAGUUUUAGCACUUUCAAAGAGUGAAGUGUCCUGUUGCUCUGAUGCUGCUGCUGAGUUACCCCUACAUCUGUACCUUCUGCGUGAUCUGCACAACAAGCUGGAGUAUUUCAAUCCUGGAAAACAGUUGUGGGGUAAAGGCUUGAGUGGUCCAGUUGGGUUCACAAGGAUGACAUUAGAUGAAUUCUUGAGCAGAAUUGAACCACUCUUUCCAAGUCUUAAGAAACAUUUGAAUAGUGCAGUUUGGUUACUUAAACAAGGUGGUGAAACUUGUGAAGAACAUUGGAAUAGUGAAUCUACUUCUGCUGGAAAUCCAGACAUUCCCAAUCUUGUACUUUCAAACUACACAGCUUCUACUUCAGUAUUCAAAGAAGUACUUCAUUGUUUCAGUGCGAUAUUGAACCUUCCUGGUGUUCAAACAGACAAGCCAGCUCUCCUACACCUGCUAGAAGCAUUCCAGCCCGAUAGGAUUCCAGAUGGUUUUUAUGCAGGCAUACAGCCUAACCUUUCUCCUGGGACUGCAGAAUAUUUAUAUUUUGGAGCUUAUUCAUUUUUUGAAGGUGUUUUGGACAUAGCGUGUUCUUUCUCCUUUAUGCUGGCGUCAGAGUCACUUUUUACUCUAGAAUCGGUUGUAACCUCAGUCCAGAAAUUUGUCAGUAAGUUAGAGGGAAAUGGUAAAAGCAUGCAGUACGAAUUCAUCCAGGAGGCUGUUCCUACUUUGCGCAGAAAACUUGGUACUUCUGCUGAGAAGGUUUUAAGGCAAAGAUGGGAUGAUGACAAUCUUGAUAAUGGUUGGAAGAGCAAAGGAGAAACAGUACAGAAAAUAUUGCGUAUUUAUCUGGAUAAUAGCGGCUCCACUCCUGAUCUGCUGAAUGAGCUCUCCUGCUCUAUUUUACCCCAGGCUUCUUUUGGCAAAGGAAAGGACGAAGAUGAUCGACAUGGUUUUCCUUCUCUAUCUUCCGGAACAUUUGGUGUAUGGUACAAGAUAUUGGUCAAGGAAACUACUGCCCUGAAGCGACCGAGAGCUGGCGCACAACAUGAAACUAUUGAAAAGCUUCUGAUCAAGCUACACCAGUGUGUAAAUGUGGUGGUAUCACUAGUUAACCUUUGUAAGACUCAUGACAAGGUAACUUUGCAUGCCAUGGCUGUUGGAUAUGGUGGGAAGUUCGUUGAUUCUUUCCUGAAAGCUUUUGACUUCUUACAGUCCCACUUUCAAGUUCACAACGAGCAGAUACUCAACUUGGGCUUGAGACAAACAAGUAUAACCAGAAAAAUUCCUGCUACAAAGAGAUCUAUGGAACACUAUUUGUUCUGUGUGAAAGCUCUUCUCCACACCGCACCAAGUGGCCUUACUUUCUGGAUGGGAAAUUUGAAGCAUAAAAAUUUGACGGGCGAGGUGGUGAGUUCCCAAGUGUAUGCGGAUCAUGAUAACGAGAAUAGUGCUGAUGAAGAGCCAGAUGAAGCUGUUGAUGAAGAUCCACCGGAGAGCAUUGCGGUUGGAGAGGAUACAGAAACAUUGAGCGAAUGA